GCACUGGAAAGUUUAAUAGAUCGAUAUGUGAUUAACAGUAACAUUUUAUAGAAUAUGUAAAUUGCAUCAUCUGAUCCAUCUUUAAUUACUAAAAGAGUUACGUCAUCUACGCAUAUGUAAAAAAAUAAUGGCCUCCGUCUCGGCUAAAAAGAAAACGAGCGAAAUAUGGAAAUUUUUUGAUCGGAUAGACGAAGGUCAUGCAAUAUGCACUAUGUGUAAAUCAAAACUUUCAUAUAAGACGAGCUCGUCAAAUUUAAAAAAGCACUUACAAAAGAAACAUCCUACGGUCACAAUCACUUUUUUGGAAAGUAAGAGGUCAACAGUGGUAGCCCAACAUAAAGAAAAUGGCCAGAAUAAAGAAAGUAUUGAUAACGAUCGUCCAUCUACUUCAGAAGUUUCAUCACUUAAUUCCGUGGAAGGUCGAACGGCUUUAGUUGAACAAAUAAGUCACAUCAAGAUCAAACCAGGGUCGACAAUUAUUUCCGUGUACCUCCAAAAAUAUCUGUUAGAAGCAAAGACAAUUUAGAUAAAAACUUGCUUGGCUUAUUUAUUAAAGACCUUCAACCUUUUUCAGUAG